CUUUCACGGCGUUUGAGCAUUUCUGAGAGCGUUUCUUAAAUUCCAUAAAUUCUACGAAAGCCACAUACAAAAAACGAUUUGGGAUUUGCCUGUGGGAUUUGCCUCUUACAAUAGUUGACAGUUUUGAAAAACGAUUCUUAAAUUUCCAACGAAAGCAUUGAACAUUUCUAGAAUCAUAGCUGUUGUCACCACCAAUAUAUUAUAUUUAAAUUAUAAUAUAAAGAACAAGUGUUGUUAAGCAAUGCGUGAUGCAAUGAAAUAAAUAAUUCUGGAUUUAUUUGUAGGCAUCAAUUAUUCUACUGUGUUAUGAUUUAGUUGUAAACUGUAUAAAAUAUGGAAUUGUUGCAGGGCAUGGAGGCGAGCGCGGCGGGCGCGGGCGGCGCGGCGGGCGCGGGCGAGCCGGCGCUCGGAGACGGUUUUCUCACUGCGCCGGUGUACGAUCUGAACCAAGUUGGAGACGUAUACACAGGGCCGGGCGCCAAGUGGUCCACGCUGCCGGCGAUCCUGGGCGGCUCGCUGCCGCGCCUCGGCUCGGAGCAGGCGGACGCGGUGGCGCGCGCCAAGAAGUACGCCAUGGAACAGAGCAUCAAGAUGGUGCUCAUGAAGCAGACGCUGGCGCACCAGCAGCAGCAGAUGGCCUCGCAGCGCACGCAGGUGCAGCGCCAGCAGGCGCUCGCGCUCAUGUGCAGGGUGUACGUGGGCUCCAUCUCGUUCGAGCUGAAGGAGGACACGAUCCGGCAAGCGUUCCUGCCGUUCGGGCCCAUCAAGUCCAUCAACAUGUCGUGGGACCCGGUGACGCAGAAGCACAAGGGCUUCGCCUUCGUCGAGUACGAGAUCCCCGAGGCGGCGCAGCUCAGUCUCGAGCAGAUGAACGGCGUCAUGCUCGGCGGCCGGAACAUCAAGGUGGUGGGGCGGCCGUCCAACAUGCCGCAGGCGCAGGCCGUCAUCGACGAGAUCCAGGAGGAGGCCAAGCAGUACAACCGCAUCUACGUGGCCUCCGUGCACCCCGAGCUCACCGAAGACGACAUUAAGAACGUGUUCGAGGCGUUCGGGCCGAUCACGUACUGCAAGCUGGCGCACGGCACGUCGGCGCACAAGCACAAGGGCUACGGCUUCAUCGAGUACGCCACGCUGCCCGCCGCGCUCGAGGCCAUCGCCUCCAUGAACCUGUUCGACCUCGGAGGGCAGUACCUGCGCGUGGGGCGCGCCAUCACGCCGCCCAACGCGCUGCUGGGGCCGCCCGCCACGUGCGCCAUGCCCACCGCGGCCGCCGUCGCCGCCGCCGCCGCCACCGCCAAGAUCCAGGCCAUGGACGCCGUCGCCAGCAACGCCGUGGCGCUCGGGCUCACCAAGCUCAACGCGCUCGGCGUGCCGCCCGCGGCCGCGCUGCCCACGCUGGCCGCCGCGCUGCCCGUGGCGCUGCCCGCGCUGCCCGUGCUGCCCUCGCUGCCCGCGCCCGCCCUCCCGCCGCCCGGCGUGGUGAUCCCGGCGCCGGCGGCCGCGCCCGCGCCCGGCCCGCCCGCGCCCGGCCCGCCCGCGCCCGGCCCGCCCGCGCCCGGCCCGCCCGCGCCUGGCCCGCCCGCGGACGCCGACGGCGGGCAGGCGGCGCUGCAGCGCAAGCUGCUGGACAGCUCGCCGGACACGCUGCAGCAGCAGGAGUCGCUGUCCAUCUCGGGGCAGUCGGCGCGGCACCUGGUGAUGCAGCGCCUGAUGCGGCGGCGCGCGUCGCGCACGCUGCUGCUGCGCAACAUGGUGUCGCCGCGCGAGGUGGACGACGCGCUGCACCACGAGAUCCGCGACGAGUGCGGCAAGUGGGGCCGCGUGCGCCGCGUCGUCAUCUACAACGAGCGGCAGAGCGAGGCCGACGACCCGGCGCGCGCGCACGUCAAGAUCUUCGUCGAGUUCGCCGAGCCCGACGAGGCGAGCGCGGCGGCCGCGGCGCUGGAGGGGCGCUACUUCGGCGGCCGCACCGUGCGCGCCGCGCUCUACGACCAGGACCUGUUCGACCACGGCGACCUGUCCGCCUGACGCAAGGUGUAAUAUACGAAUACGUUUAUA